UCUCAUCUCUCCGCUUGCUGAAAGCCACAGGGCCGUAGGUUGUCCCCGUGGCCCGCAGACGUGUAGACCCCGACUGGUACAGGGCGGCCACCGUGUUGGCUGCAAGGCAACAUCGUACUUAAAAAGCUUUCAACAUCUCCCUUCUGUGCAAAUACUUCUUGGGAAACUGGUGAGAAAAAGCGGGCACCAUGGAAGCUGUUGAGAUGGAGAACAAGCCAACCCACGUCAACGAGGAUGGCCUCGAGAGGGACGAAGCGGUCACCGAAAAGCUGGUGGCCCAGAGUGACGGCACCAAGAUCACCUUCACCAACAGCAAGGCUGAUGGGAAGGAUCGCAAUGGCGAUGCCAAGAUUGACAUCAAAGGUGUCGAGAGCCAGUUUGUUGGCCUGAGCAAGGAGGAGCUCAUGAAGUACGCCAACGACCCUUUCUGGGUGCGGCUGCGCAUGACCCUGUUUGUGCUCUUCUGGGUCCUCUGGCUGGCCAUGCUGGUGGGCGCCGUCGCCAUCAUAGUGCUGACGCCGCGGUGCGCUCCACCACCACGCCUGGCAUGGUGGCAGAGCUCACCCGUCUACAGUGUGGACGUGGACACGUACUCCGACAGCAACGGGGACGGUCGCGGAGACAUCGCGGGACUAACAUCCAAGCUGGAGUACAUCAAGCAGCUGGGAAUGCGCACUCUCUUGCUGAGUGACAUAUUCGCCAAGGACGCAAGUGGCGCCAUAACGGACUAUCUGGAAGUGCGCUCCAGCCUUGGCACAUUAGCCGACGUGGAAGCUUUGCUGAACUCUACCAAGGAGAAAGACCUCCACGUGGUCUUGGAGAUCAACCCGGCCUACACUAGCACGGACCACCAGUGGUUCCUAGACAGCAGCGAGGGCAAAGACGGGUUCCAAGACAUUUAUAUCUGGGAGCAGGGUGACGAGGCUUCACCCCCGGAUGGCGUUAUGGCAUCUGGCGAGUCGGCAUGGACCUACAAUGCUGCACUUAAGGCGUUCUACCUGCAUCAGACCUCCUUGGACUCGGCCGAUAUCAACUGGAAAAGUCCCAAAGCUCUGGAGCUUUUCACCGGUGUGUUGCGUUUCUGGCUCGAACGAGGCGUCAGUGGUUUCCUUGUGAGCCACACCUACCUGGACCAUGCGCCUGUUCUCAAGCAGGCUACCUUCGCCACGGAGCAAGACGUGCUGGGCGUGCUGAAGGAGUGGCGACAGGUUCUCGGCAACUACUCCAGCACCCACGAGACCGAGCACAGGGUGCUCGGUGUACGAGUGGACAAGGUGGCAUCCGAAGCCAAGCCAUUGUACGGAUCUUCCGACGAACUUGCAGCGGAUUUGGUGCUCAGCAAGCCUUUCGAACAGCUCGUCGGCAAGCCUGGCGCCGCCAGUCUACGAGGGUUCGUGCAGGAGACCCUGGACGUAACACCAGAGGGCAUGUGGCCAUCGUUUGUGUUGGGUAGCGCCAGCUCCUCCCGUCUCAAGGAGCGUGCAGGCAUGCUUCUGGAUGGCCUUCACAUGGUGGCCGCCCUGGUACAAGGCACGCCUGUCUUCUACAACGGAGACGAGCUCGCUCUAGAGUGCCCCGCCAAACAAUGUGUAAUGCCGUGGGCUGAGGAAGGAGCAGACAAUCCUGUCGUCGGUGCGCAGGCGCUGUCGAGCAACAGUUCGCACCUGGAAGUGGUGCGCCAUUCGACAGAACUGCGGGACAAGCUCGCCGUCAGGCUGGGCACCACGGUGACCUCUGUGCUGGGUGCCAACAGCACGGUGUUCGUCAUGCUCCGGGUGCGCAAGGGCACUCCGGGCUACAUGGUCGUGGUCAACGGGGACCACGAGCAGGUGACGGUAAACCUUGCGGAUGCAAGCAGUCACGUUCCCGAGUCCGGACACAUAGAAGUGAAGAGCUCCAACUCCACCAAAGUGGUGCAGUCGAAGGUCAAGCUCAACGAGUUCACCUUGGAUGCCCACGAAGCUGUUAUUAUGCAGUUUGUGCCAAUAUUUGAGUAAGAGCCGAAGAUAGUUGGCCUCUCAUCUUCAAGAUGCAAGACGAAACAUUUAACAUAACGUCUUAAUAAUCUACAAACAACUGGGAUUGCACAGUCUGCUGGCCUCUGGAACUCCUACGACAAUUAUGGUCCUUCAAGCUCAUUUUUUAUGUUUAUGUCGUAAUCCGUGUUGUUUGAACCUUUCUGAUCUUAUGAUCGUUUACAUUACUUCAGAUUCGGUGUACAUUCUGAAUAUCAGAACUUGCUCAUAUGUUAACGUCCAACAGGAUCAGGCAUGUCUUGGUGAAUGAAAUGAACGGAUCGUUGAAUGUUGUGGCUUUAAGUGGAAUAUAAGGUGCUCACUUGCCCAACACAUUGGUGUGGUUCCCGGUGAAAGAAUGAUAUUGAAAAAAAGACAUUUUCAUCCGGUGUAGCAUAGCUUGUCACGACCCACUUCUGUUUUUAGAUUAUUUUUUUGUUUUUACAUUAUCAAAGCCGCUGUUAACAACACGGCUGCACUUCGUCUACUUGUCGACGAGCCCUCUACGUUGACCAGUGUUUGGUUGUAGUGAGCUAGCUUUGGGAGAUAAAUAAUUACACAAGAUUGUGAAGAGUGUGCCCACGGUAUUAAAUACUAAUUUAACGUGAAGGACCCUGAUGACAAUCUGGAAAAGAUUAUAAUCCAGGCAGAAGUUACCUCUUUCGUGAUUAGGAACGAAUUUUAUAAUUCGGCAUCCUGCCAAUGUUUAGCGAUCAGUGCAUACCAAAACUUUGUUUGGCCCGUCAGUCUGUGCUCUUGGUGCGUCAGGUGUGCCUGUCACAUCUAUGCGAAGAAGGUGAGAAUAAAUUCGAUUGCAGCAUGACA